CUAGAGGCAUGUUUUGUUGUUAAUAGAACCCACGAAACAAAACAUUUCAAAAUUAUCUGCAAAAAAAAAACAAUACUUAUUUUCACGUUGAACUGGAUUUAAAAUAAAAAUCGUUAAACUGGCGAAAAUGCAUCUAACGACGACACCAAACGUCACAAAUACCAAUACAUCAAACAACAGCGCCAACAAUGCAACGACUGGCACCAGUAAUACAACAAAUUCAACCAGUGGAACGGGAUCCAAUAAUAACAACACUAAUACAAAUGGCACCAAUGGCAACACUGAAAAUACGCCGCCCACAGCAGCGCAAUUGCUCAAUGAGGCCUAUACAAAAAUGACGUCGGAUAUUUUGGCUGAAAGGACAUUGGGCGAUUUUCUAACAGAACAUCCGGGUGAAUUAAUUCGAACUGGUAGUCCGCUUUUGGUUUGCACAGUGUUGCCACCUCACUGGAGAUCGAAUAAAACACUGCCGGUUGCAUUUAAAGUCGUGUCGUUGGGUGAUAUUGGUGAUGGGACCAUGGUGACUGUUCGAGCGGGCAAUGAUGAGAAUUAUUGUGCUGAAUUGAGGAACUGCACGGCCGUGAUGAAAAACCAGGUGGCGAAAUUCAAUGAUCUGCGGUUUGUGGGACGAAGUGGUCGAGGGAAGAGCUUCACACUAACCAUCACCAUAUCGACAUCACCACCGCAUAUAGCCACCUACAAUAAGGCGAUAAAAGUCACUGUGGACGGACCCCGAGAGCCCCGUUCGAAGACAAUGUUAUCACUUUUAGGACAACAACAACAAUUCCACUUUGCCUUCGGACAACGACCGUUCCAUUUUUCAGCCGACCCGCUAUCUGGAUUUCGAAUGCCGCCCAUUGGAAAUUGUCAAAAUAUGUCACAGUUUGGUCUGGGAGCAGCUAACACACACUGGGGAUAUGGUUCGGCGAGUGCUUAUUCACCGUAUCUGGCCAGUAGUGGAUUAUCAUCUUGUACAACACCAUCGUCUGCUCAGUUUAAUAAUCCUGCUUUGGGUUUCACCUGCUCGUCAAAUGAACAAGCUAACAAUCAAGACUUUUCCGGAACAGCGAAUCGUGAUUGUGUGCCAAUGCUUCCCGACUCCACAGCAACUGAUUUAGAUCAGCAUCUCAGCAAUCUUGUUGGUUCCACCACCGGCCAAAUGACACAUCACAGUCUUCUGGGAGCAACUGGUCAAACAUCUAUUUCCUCGACAGUAAAUGGUGGUGCGGCAGCUAAUUCGUCUAUUCUGGUGCCCCGAUACCAUUCGAACUCCAAUCAAGAAUACAACGUUCACUCAAGUCAGAACGGUCCAAGAAGUCUAAGUGAUUCAUCACAAGCUGAAUCUCCCGUCCAGGAGGACCUUCUCACCUCCAAUACACCCAAUCUUGGAGGUGGUGCGGCAGCUACUGGCAAUGGUCCCAAUAAUGGUGGUGGAGCAAAUAAUGGGGUCGCUGCUAACCAGAACUUUACAGGAAUCGUCAAUCAAACACAGAAUUCUUCUGUAGCGUACAGUUCCACCGGAGGCAGUGGAUGUAAUGGCUCGUUGUACCCCGUCUUGCCGGCUAGCCUGCUCUAUUCCCAGCUCUAUACCGCCGCAAACCAAACUCAUGGCUUCCAUUCGCAUUCCCUGCCCCCGCAUGCUUCGCCCAAUUCAGCUGUCCACGGAGAGCUGCAAAGUGUGAUGGACCACAUUAGCAAUGUUGGGGCUCGUCAACAGCAUCAUAUCAUGGCCGGUGGAAACACUCAUCCCGGGGACCUCACACUAGUCGGAAAUUGUGGAGCGUCUGCACGAAAUGUCGACGAUGGCAACACCAACCGCCAGGUAGCGCUGGCCGCCCACCGUGGUCACCACAAUCCAACUGACAACGGGAACUCAGUGUGGCGGCCAUAUUGAGGGUUCGAUUAUCUGAUGAUGUAGGAGUGUCAAAAUAGCGAAUGACAAAUGUCAAAAAGUUCGACAUCACAACUGAGCCAUUUUCAAAAAUGAAACCAACAAAUAGUAGAAUUUUCAAUGUAAAUAUUGUAAAAUAAAACAAAUAAAUUAUAAAUAUAUUUAAAUUAUAAACUAGUUAAAUUCUAUCGUAAAAUAUUUAACACACAAUUUGACACUUGUCGAAUUGAUUCCCAAUACAUUUAAAUGCACAAAGUAAAAAUUUAAUAAAAAAAACUAUUUAAUGCAAAUGUCAUUGAGUAUAAAGAGCGUAUAUAAGUUCCUAAUAGUUUUUGUUGUUUUCUCAAAACCUACCUACUCUUAAAACACUAUUUUAUAUUAAAAUUAUUUCGUUAACAAUUUUUUGUGUUUUUUUGUUUUUGUAUUUGUAAAAUGUUUGUGAGUUUUGUAAAUAAUUUGUAUAUUUAAUUUUUUGUUUUUUUUU